GAGCAUGCGCGCAGGCGGGGCGGGCGGGGCGCCGCCGCCGCUCCCGUCGGCCUGUGCCUCCCGCCGGGCGUCGGUGGCGGAGCGGGUCCGCCGCGGGCCACGCGUGCUGCCAUGCUCAGCGAGGCGGGCGCCGAGCAGGGCGUUGCGGCUCCCUUCCCCUCUCCGGCCUCGUCCGCGGCGCUGGGUAACGGCAAGAGAAGCGAGAGAGGGAAUAUAUGAAGGAGGAGGUGGAGGUGUCUGCUGAAGAUGAGGCGACUGAAUCGGAAGAAGACGUUGAAUUUGGUGAAAGAAUUGGAUGCUUUUCCAAAGGUUCCUGAAAGCUAUGUGCAGACUUCAGCGAGUGGAGGCACAGUUUCUCUGAUAGCGUUUACGACGAUAGCUUUCCUGACUGUAAUGGAGUUCAUGGUGUAUCGGGACACGUGGAUGAAAUAUGAAUAUGAAGUAGACAAGGAUUUUACGAGUAAGUUAAGAAUCAAUAUUGAUAUUACAGUUGCCAUGAGGUGUCAAUAUGUGGGGGCUGAUGUUCUGGAUUUAGCAGAAACAAUGGUUGCCUCUGCAGAUGGGCUGAUCUAUGAACCAGUAGUAUUUGAUCUCAGCCCACAACAAAAAGAAUGGCAAAGGAUGCUGCAGCUAAUUCAGAGUAGGCUGCAGGAAGAACACUCUCUUCAAGAUGUGAUAUUCAAAAGUGCUUUUAAAAGUGCUUCUACAGCACUGCCACCACGGGAAGAUAAUUCAUUACAGUCUCCAGAUGCAUGCAGAAUUCAUGGCCAUCUCUACGUCAAUAAAGUGGCAGGGAACUUUCACAUAACUGUGGGCAAGGCAAUACCACAUCCUCGAGGCCAUGCACACUUGGCAGCCCUUGUAAGCCAUGAGUCCUAUAACUUCUCUCAUAGAAUAGAUCAUUUGUCGUUUGGAGAGCUUAUUCCAGGAAUUAUUAAUCCUUUGGAUGGGACAGAAAAAAUAGCAUCAGAUCACAACCAGAUGUUCCAAUAUUUUAUCACAGUCGUGCCAACCAAACUCCACACACAUAAAAUUUCAGCAGAAACGCAUCAAUUUUCAGUGACAGAAAGGGAAAGAGUAAUUAACCACGCAGCUGGCAGCCACGGGGUGUCAGGAAUAUUCAUGAAAUACGAUAUCAGCUCACUGAUGGUGACGGUGACAGAAGAACACAUGCCUUUUUGGCAGUUCUUAGUGAGGCUCUGUGGCAUUAUUGGGGGAAUUUUUUCAACUACAGGAAUUUUACAUGGUUUUGGAAGAUUUGUAGUAGAAGUUAUUUUUUGCCGUUUCAGACUGGGCUCUUACAAAUCCACAUCGGUCCCGCUUCCUGAUGGCCACACAAGCAACCACUUACCUCUAAUUACAGACAAUAGUACGCAUUAGCCUCCUGAGGAAACUUUCUUUCUUCCUGCCUGAUACAGAAGACAAUUUUUUAUAAUAAAGGAAACGUUGUGCAAUAUGCAGAGACAGUGCUGACGGGCAGCAAACAGUGAAGCCUUUACACAAAAAAAGAAAAUCUGAACAAAAAAACCCCAACAAAACAAUUUGUGUAAUUUUUUUGUCUUUCUAAGUGCACGUGGAGUCAUAGGAGGUUGUGAGACCAGUGAGGUGGACCAUAUUCUGGAGAUUGAAGGAGCAUUGCUGCCGAAACAGUAUUCAUGGUUGAGCUGAACAUCUUUGCAGUGAUUGCCAUUGACACUGAAGCCUCUGAGUGAUCUUGGUGCUGUGCCUGGGAAGCCUGGCAGACUCCAAGGAGAAAAGAGUGCAAGCGGGAUGUGUGGAAGGGCCAGGCAGCAGGCAAAGAGGGGCAGGAGAAGAGCCGGGGUUUCUCCUGGGUGUGCAGGCUAGGGGUUGGGUUUUCUUGUUCUUUUGUAAUGAUGGGGCUGGGGGCUAAGAAGUUGUUGUUACUGGUGGGGAGUGAUCCUGGAAAAUCCUGGAGAUGAGAGAACUCAGGGAGUAAGGUGGGGCCCAACUUGUGAUGUUGGUCGUAGCCGCUGCCUUUCUGUAGUCCCACUAUUCCUUAGUGGAAGAAACAAUGUGUGGAGCAGAGGAGUUCCUCUGUGGUGUUGAUAUGGAAGCGCCCAAGGGCUCUGAGGAUGGGUUCCAGUGUGCACUUUUUUUGACUUGGAAUAAGAAGCCUUUUAAACAAGGCAUUUGACACUAGUUUUGAUAAAAGGCAAGACUCAUCAGGAAAUCUUUGUACACCUUUUUCUUGGUAAAGAAAUUGCUUUGAUGGAACCUUUGUUUUACCCCUGCUGCUAGUACGUAAGUUAUGGUAUGUAAAUCCUGGAAAUGGGGAGGAAAAAGAGCAAGAAACUGUCUUGCUUUGGUUUAGCUGAACACUGCAGAAACAUGCAAUUGGUGGCAGUUCCCAGGCAGGGAGCGGUGCAGUUGGUAGUACGUGGCUUCAGGGAACCUGAAUCAUUUUGCUGCAGACAGAUAAUGAGAAGGGAUCUGCAGAAUUAAUACUUACUGUUCAUGAAGGUUUUUGUAAAAUAAAUGAGGAGAGCAAUAUCAGUUUUAUAUUGUAAAUACGCUACAGAGAAUGAAUGUUGUUAAUGCAGAUGGUGCUUUGAAAAACUAAACAUCCUCUUACUGCUGACCUGCUGGCCUGCACCUGUGUUCACAGUUACUCCAGCAGGGUAAAAACACCAUAAUGUGAUUCCUUCUCAGCAAAACUGAUCUAAUAAUAUAUUAGGAGAUGAUGCUGACCCUGGCCUUACUCACCAUGGAAUGAAUAUUAUGAUUGAGAGGACUAAUUCCAGAAAAAUAAAAAUCUCUGUGGUGUCAGAUUUUGCUGACUUCUGUUGAUGUACUCGACAGGACACUUGGAUCUUGGUGACGAGCACAGUGUAAAUAAUGUCGCUGAUUUGCUAUGCAAAGCAAAGGGCUUCCUAAACUGAGAAAUCAUGUGAAGUAGUAAAUAAAAUGUGGGAAAUGAGGAAAGAUCUUUAUUUGAUUUGACUGUUGAGAAAGACAGAAGUUCAAGGAAGUGGGUCCUUGCGGUUGGCAGCCUGAUUUGGGGUUUCCUCUUCUGUGCUUUUGUUUAACACUGAUUAGAACUGCAGCAGCUUCAGAAACUCUUGCCCUCAGUGAGCAAGAAAAUCAAAAGCUGUACAUUUUCUGUUCCCAUUUCUCUCUGGCAUUUCCCUCUGAGGUUUCUUCCCUACUUCUGCUCGGACUGGUUCUGCUUUGGGCUUUGUCCUGACACCUGUUUCUUACCUGCGUGCAACAGACUGUACUGGUGGGAGGUACUGAUCUCGGUUGACUUUCUGUACCAGAACUGAAAUGUUAUUCUCUAUGCUCACAUAAAAGAGCCAAGUGGCUUGGUGUGUCUUAAA